GGAGCUUUCCCAGGGACGGACCCAGUCGCCCUUAAGAAAUAAAACUGCAUACAGACACCGUCUGUGGUGCAAGGAAACUUCUGGCAUGGGCAGCUUGGGGAUAAGGGUUGCUUAAUUCUUUAAAUGUCUGUGGUAAUUAAGCACGGGCACAAAUCGGAGACCGGCCUGUUAGGAUGUCCUGCAGUGAGCUCUGGUCGGAGAUCCGUGAUCCUGGAUGGCAGAGCUGGGAUUUGUCACGCCUGAGCGGCUCCUCGCCCCACCUGGUAACAUUCCUUGGGGGAUUCUUACUCUGGCACUCAGGGGAAGGAGCGGAGGCUUGCAGCAGAGGGAGGACUGGCGGCUGAAAAUACCCCAACUCCUCAAAAAAAAAUCUCCCCUUUGGCGGUGAGAGAGAGUGGUGUUUGGGGGUUCCCCCCCUCAAAGGGUACAGUGCUGCAUCUAGUGUCUUAAAUCAGAUGCCCCUUGGGUGUUACUGUGAUUUUGUGCUUGUAGAAAUAAAAUGUGACUGCUGAGUUAAAUAGUUCUGAAUGGCUUGUGCCAAAUGAAUUGCCAAGGUAAUGCAUAGAACAGCUUAAGUCACUGUAUUAAAAUGAUGCUGAAGCACUUUCCUUUCUCUGACCCCCACCUCAGAGGCCAAAAAUGCCAAAGAGGUGGCCCAACAGAAUACAGAUGGAUCCCAGCCACCUGCUGGCCACCCCCCUGCUGGUGCUAGCCAGAGCUCUGCUACCAAGUGCCCGUUCCUGGCAGCUCAGAUGAAUCACAAGAACAGUAAUGUUUUCUGCAAAGCCAGCCUAGAACUCCAAGAAGAUGUGCAGGAAAUGCAGGUGGAGAGGAAAGGUACAGAAUUUGCCAAAAUACCAACUACUUCCACAGUGAGAAACAUUGAGACUGAGAGAGAAGAGUGGAGUGGCUUGCUCAAGAAGUUUAAUGAUAUUGUGCUGAAGCAAAGACCAGAAAGCGUGUCUCAUCUGCUUCAGGAUAACUUGCCAAAAUCUGUAUCCACCUUCCAGUAUGAUCAGUUCUUUGAGAAAAAGAUAGAUGAAAAGAAGAAGGAUCACACCUACCGAGUAUUCAAAACAGUGAACCGAAAGGCACAAAUCUUUCCCAUGGCCGAUGACUAUACUGAUUCUCUAAUCACCAAGAAAGAGGUGUCUGUCUGGUGCAGCAAUGAUUACCUGGGGAUGAGUCGUCACCCUCGUGUGUGUGGAGCAGUUAUGGAUACACUGAAACAACAUGGUGCUGGAGCAGGAGGCACAAGAAAUAUUUCGGGAACAAGUAAAUUUCAUGUUGAUUUGGAGAAAGAACUAGCUGAUCUUCAUGGAAAGGAUGCAGCACUGUUGUUCUCAUCUUGCUUUGUAGCCAAUGACUCCACCCUCUUCACUCUAGCUAAGAUGCUGCCAGGCUGUGAGAUCUACUCUGAUUCUGGAAACCACGCCUCCAUGAUCCAGGGGAUCCGAAACAGCAGGGUGCCAAAACACAUAUUUCGCCAUAACGAUGUCAACCACCUUCGAGAGCUAUUGAAGAAGUCUGAUCCAUCUACCCCUAAAAUUGUUGCAUUUGAAACAGUUCACUCAAUGGAUGGUGCAGUCUGUCCUCUGGAAGAGCUGUGUGAUGUGGCCCACGAGCACGGGGCAAUCACUUUUGUGGAUGAAGUGCAUGCCGUGGGGCUGUAUGGAGCUCGAGGUGGUGGUAUAGGAGACCGGGAUGGAGUCAUGCACAAGAUGGACAUCAUCUCUGGAACGCUUGGCAAAGCAUUUGGUUGCGUAGGAGGAUACAUCUCCAGUACAAGUUCUCUGAUAGACACUGUUCGUUCGUACGCUGCUGGCUUUAUUUUCACAACGUCCCUGCCACCCAUGCUCUUAGCUGGUGCCCUAGAAUCCAUCCGAACUCUAAAGAGCGCGGAGGGACAAGUUCUGAGGCGCCAGCACCAACGCAAUGUGAAGCUUAUGAGACAGAUGCUGAUGGAUGCAGGGCUUCCUGUGGUGCACUGCCCCAGCCACAUCAUUCCAAUAAGGGUUGCAGAUGCUGCUAAAAAUACAGAUAUCUGUGACAAGCUGAUGAGCCAGCACAGCAUCUAUGUCCAAGCAAUCAACUACCCCACGGUUCCCCAUGGAGAAGAGCUGCUACGUAUUGCCCCUACGCCUCACCACACCCCUCAGAUGAUGAGCUAUUUUCUUGAAAAACUGCUGGCAACAUGGAAGGAUGUUGGUCUGGAGCUGAAACCACAUUCAUCAGCUGAAUGCAACUUCUGCAGAAGACCCCUACAUUUUGAAGCGAUGAGUGAACGGGAAAGAUCCUACUUCAGUGGCAUGAGCAGACUAGUAUCUGUCAGUGCAUGAAAGUAAUGGUGUUAGUUGUGUUCUUGUCUAGUUCUAGUACCCAGUCAGUAGCAUUUUUAAAUUCCUUAAUAAGUAUUUUAAUCAUAG